AUGACCGACCCAACCUCCGAGUAUCUGGCUCAGUCGAAAACCCUCGACCUCAACGUCUGCUAUUCAAUCCCAAUUCCUCUUGAGAUUCUGUCGACAAGCUUGCGACUUUGGGCUGAGUUGCGUCCGGGGAGAAAUGGGUUGGCCUUCGAUGACCUUCUCAUGGUCUGGGCCACGGCUGUGAGCAUCGGACUAUGCAUCAGUGGGCUAGUUUACGGCCCUCCGUACGGAAUGGGGAGGCACAUCGGUGCGGUGGAUAAAGAGGACUUGAAGACGUUCAUGAUGGGCGACUACAUCUUCAGCCACUUCUAUGACUUCGCGAUCGCCAGCACCAAGCUCUCCGUCCUCGCUCUCUACUACCGCGUCUUCCCCAAGCCCGUAUUUCGCAGAGUUGUAAUCCUAACGGCCGUUUUCGUUUUCUUGUGGCUCGCGACAAUGGAAUUUGUCCUUGGUUUUCAAUGCCGACCGAUCCUUCGGUUUUGGGACCCUGACGUGGACGGGGAUUGCUUCAACCUAGUCGCAUUCAGCUACUUCACGAACAUCACCAACCUCGUGACAGAUCUGUGGAUCUUUGUCCUGCCGCUGCCCAUUAUCAUGCGAUUACAUGUCUCCAGGAAUAAGAAGAUCGGGCUUAGUUUGCUCUUCUCCGUGGGUCUGGCAACAUGCACCGUCAGUGCCGUCCGCCUCUCUGUUGUUGUCUCGCAAGGCUCAGACGAUUUCACCUGGGCCGGCGUCCCCCUCGGAAUUCUCUCCGUCUGGGAACCACUCGGUGGCAUCCUCUGCGCAAACCUCCCAAUCUCGUAUAAACCACUAUCGGCUGCGUUCCGAAAGGCGACGGGUCAGUCUUCGUCUGAGAGGAGCCAUCAAACACCGACCGGUUGGCGGAGCUGGUCAAGGCUGGAGAAUUUUCCAAUUGCGCGUCAGAAGAAAGCCCCGCAUUUUGGGGUCUCAACGGACAAUGAAACGAAUACAAGCUACAUAUAUACAGAUACUGGGCAUCCAUCGGAACUCGAGAUGGGUGGGAUUGUUGUCGAGAGGAGCUUUAGCCAGGUUGAGUCGUAUACGAACGCGGAUGUCGAUGUCGCUCCACCGUCCGCGCGCGAUAGAUGGUGA